UGAUUUAACAAAUGAUACGAUAUGGGUAUCUGACUUUGAGGGAAGAAAUAGGCGUAUGGUCAUUUCUUCAGAUCUUGACACGCCUACAGGAAUUGCUCUCGACCCACACGAGGGAUUGAUGUUUUGGAAUGCAUGGGGAAACGCCUCGAAAGUCGAGAAAUCAAACUUAGAUGGAACCCAACGUUUUGCUAUAGUAACGUCACAUCUUACUUGGCCAAGUGGUAUCACUCUUGAUCGACGAAACAAACUUGUUUACUGAAUCACGUGCCCAGGAUUGCCUUCACCAACAAACGGAACAAAACUUGGAUGUUCAGGGAAUGCAACUGAGUUUUAUGAUAUAGUCUGUCAGUUUGAGUGCAAUAAUGGCUAUAUAGGAUCUGGUUCUCAAAUAAGAAGAUGUCAAGAGAAUAAAACUUGGAGUGGUGAAGAGUUUGUCUGUCAAAGAAUCACGUGCCCGGGAUUGCCUUCACCAACAAACGGAACAAGACUUGAAUGUUCAGGGAAUGCAACUGAGUUUUAUGAUACAGUCUGUCAGUUUGAGUGCAAUAAUGGCUAUGUAGGAUCUGGUUCUCAAAUAAGAAGAUGUCAAGAGAAUAAAACUUGGAGUGGUGAAGAGUUUGUCUGUCAAAUUGUUACCUGCCCAAUGUUAUCAUUACCGACCAAUGGUGUAUUCUUGGGAUGUAACACUAAUACGACGGAGAUGUUAUAUGGCACAGAAUGCAGCUUCUCUUGUAAAGAAGGAUCUGUAGCGACUGGUUCAACAAGAAGGAGAUGUACGGAAAAUGGAAACUGGACUGGAACAGACCUUGAGUGUACAGGUAUAAGAGAUCUGGCAAAACUCUGAAUCAUGAAAAAUUAAAAUAAUCAUAAGUGCCAUUCGAGAAUCCCGCCCACUUAUUCGAUUGGCGAUCUUGAUAAUUAAACAAUUCAAGGCCAUCGAAAUUUUUUUAUGGUUCGCACAAAGUUGCAGCAAUUUUUUGUUAUGUUUAUGCGGUCCAUCUUACAAAUCGAUAAUUCAUCGAUCAUUGAUGUACCAUCGUUAAACGCUAGAUAAUAACUUGACCAUCUGGAUCGCCAGUCGAUACAGGUUCGUCCACAGUACUUAUGCUCGCAAUCAUUUCAGAUCCGUAGUUGAUCUUAAUUGUUGCAGCAGACUUUAUUAUGACUUUGAAGUUGAUUUAAUAUAUCCCUACAUGGAUUGGUCAAUCGACAUACGAUCGCACCAUGUAAAAAAAUUGACGAUAUUAGAUCACGAGUCGAUGAAAGAUCGUCGAUAGUCUUAUGACUGGGAUUCGCAAUCAUAGUUGAUCGCUACAGUCGAUCUAAUAUCGUUGCGUAUUCCUUUUUUAUGGCUACACGGUCCAUUUCGUAAGAAUCAAUCGACGUGGAAUUGAAAGACGCAUUAAUUUGACGAUCAUAGAUCGAGUCGAUACAAGAUCGUCAGUGGUCUUAGUCUGGCAUUUUCGUAACAUUCUUUGCUAUGGCUUCGUGGUCCAUCAAAUUUAUCUGUACCUGAAGCGAUCGAUGCGCGAUUGUGAAUCGCACAUGAUAACUUGACGAUCUUGGAUCAUUAGUCGAUACAAGAUCCUCGAUAGUCUUAUCAUUUGCAGUGAUUUUAGAUCGCAGUACUCGAUCUAACAUCGUUGUGUUACUAUUCUGUAUUGCUUAUGUCGGCUGAUCCUAUGUAUCUGUGCAUGAAUCAGUCGACUCAAGGUUCAUCAGUAAGGAGAUGCAUGGAAAAUGGAGUUUGAAAUGGAAAAGAUUUUGAAUGCACUGGUGUGAAUUUCUAGUCACUUUGCAUCAUAAAAUUGAAACGAUCAUAACCAUAGUGUCCAAGUGGUAAGGCGUCCUAGUGCGGAAUCUGAAGUUCACUGCGGGUACGAUUCUUCAUGGGAGGUCAGAAUUUUUUCUGUCACACGCGCGUGACAAGGCAAAAACCAUCUUUCUUAGAAUUAACGUGGUUUAAUCGCAAAUUUUGACCUCUUCUUAAUUUGAUGAAAGUCUUGGAUCACUGAUGAUUCUAAGAUCUUCAAUAAUCAGUUAUUUCUUGGUUCACCAUGACUGUGGAUGACAACGGUCAGGCGGUCAGAAAUCAUUGACGUUUUAGAAUGGAUGGCCACGCCGUCUCUCUUGCAUCUACAGAUGAAUGAAACGACUCACCUUCUUAGUAUGCAAAUUUAUAGGCGAUUUUGGAUCGAUACAAGAUCAUCUAUCAACUUUUUCUGCUGUGCCAAGUUUGUAGAUCGCGAUGAUUGAUCUAAUAACAGCGCAGUAUUUUUAGUAUGGAACGCAAUCAUUCUUAGGCAUCUCAAAGAGAGAGAUGCAUGGAUCUUUUGUCAUGCGAUCAUCACUAAAGACAAAUUGAUAAUGAUCGUCUCUGUCGGUAGUAUCGUUCCUGUUCCAAGUAUCGUUGACCCAGUGACGAUACAUUCACCAUUCCUCCCUUUGUUUUCUCUUCGGCUUUUUUCUUUUCCUAGUUAAUAUUUAAAGUGCCUCUCAAUCGAGCCUAUCCUAGUGGUUCUUAUAUUCCUCAAUCAUAUCUUCCCUCGAUUUUUUUGCAAGAGGUAAGCCUCUCAUCUUCCCUUUUACUUAAGUUUUACCUGAACAGUUAUAGCUGACUGCAUCUUGUUUGCAUGUAAAGGGGGCUUAAUCUUUAUUUCUAGUGACUCUCUAGUGACUUCUCAAGUGACCUUCGUGGAAACAUAUCUAACAUUUGCUAACAUUUUUCAUACUGAGAAUGGUCUUAUGAAUGAAAGGUCAAUAUUUAUAUUUAUGUUAUCACUGAUUUUCUUUUGAGAUUUCUUUUUCUGAGUUUAAUUCGGUCAGUAAAAUCUUCAGCGGGAAACUUCUGGAAAAAUAAGCCCCUUGUAAGUCUUCUGUAAACACCUACAAUGGUCAGAUGAUGGUUGGGAGGAACUCAAUAUCAUGCUCUCACAAGAUACAGGAUGCCUUUGGAGUUUUAGC